AUGGAUUACGCUGCAUAUCACAUGGGAGUGCCAAUGGUGCCAAGCUACAUUCCACCAAUAGUGAUGGAGAGCACUGACGAGAUGAACUUUUACGAGAGGACAAAAAGUCUGAUCGGGCAAUUUCUGACGGUCUACUUGUGGGAAAGAACGUUCGCUGAUGAGCAAACGGCGAUUUUUCGCGAGGCUGACCCAAAUUUUCCUCAUCUUGUCGAGUUAACAAGGAAAUGCCCAUUGGUUAUGGUGAAUUCCAAUGAACUUUACGAGCUACCACGACCAACACUGGCAAAAAUCGUAAACAUUGGAGGUGUCGGCGUGCAGCUCAAGGAUGCUAAACCGCUGACUACCGAGUUCCAGCAAAUUGUCGACCACUGUGAAGGAUUAGUGGUGUUCUCGUUUGGUUCAGUGGCUCCUAGCCAUCUAAUGCCAGAAACAUGGAAGAAAGCAUUCCUGGAGUCCUUCGCCCAAUUCCCGAAUCUGAGCUUUGUGCUCAGAUACGAAGGGACUGAUCUCAAAGAUAGACUUCCGCCGAAUGUUCAUCUAUUCAAGUGGAUACCACAGGCGGAUCUCCUUAGACAUCCAAAAACUAUUGCGUUUAUAUCCCAUGGUGGAUAUAACAGUUUACAGGAGGUCAUUGCCGCAGGAGUUCCAUUGAUAACAAUUGCUCUGUGGGGAGAUCAACCGAGGAAUGCGAAACUGGCGGCAAAGCUUGGAAUCGCUUUCAACCUGCAAAAAAGCGACAUCAGCGCGACUACUAUCACUGAUGCUCUCAACAAAGUUAUCAACGAUGGAAGUUAUUCGCGAAACGUCAAGCGAUUGUCGUUGAUGGUGAAGAAGCAGCCCGUGAGUCCGGCUCAUCGACUGGUGGCUUGGGCAGAAUUCGUUGCUGAAUUCAAGACGCUCGACAACCUCGUUCCGGCCGGCACAAAACUCAACUUCAUCCAGUAUCACUCACUGGAUGUGAUAGCAUUUUUGUCAACAGUUGUACUUCUAGUGAUUUUCAUUUUGUGGAGGUUAUUGAGAUUCCUUCUCUUCAAGAUAUUCAGUUUAGUAUCCAAGGCUAGAAAGCUGAAGCAAAGUUAA